GAAUACUUUCUGAAAAAUACGUAGCUGCCUGCUGAGCACACUAAGGAAAUUGGCUGGUGACGUAAUGCUUACUGCUUUAGCCACGCCCACUGCUUGCUACCGUUUCUAAACCGGAAGCGGCAAAGUAGUGUGAAGAAACGUUCGCUUCCAGACGCGAGGAAGUGGACCUAUUUAUACUAUGAGUAAAAGAAAGAUCAAUGCUCAGCUUGCUGAAAAGCCUGCGAAAACCCGCAGGACCGAGGGCACGACACAUGGCCAAGAGGAUGAGGACAUGGAGGAUGAAACAGGCUUUCUUCAGGAGCACCAUUUCUCUACCUCAAGCGCCGGGGAUAUUGGUGUUAUUGAGAGCAUCACUUUAAAGAACUUCAUGAGUCAUCACUUGCUUGGCCCUUUUCAGUUUGGACCAAAUGUUAAUUUUAUUGUUGGAAAUAAUGGAAGUGGGAAGAGUGCUAUCCUUACUGCUCUCAUUGUUGGCCUGGGUGGUAAAGCAACUACAACCAACAGAGGAGCCUCUUUGAAGAGUUUUGUAAAAUAUGGAGAAAGCUCUGCAGAAGUUACAGUAAAAUUGAGAAACAGAGGAAGCGAUGCUUAUAAAGGUGAUGCAUAUGGGGAUUGCAUCUCUGUUGAGCAAAGGAUCACUGGCGAUGGUUGCAGGACAUGCAAAAUCAAGAACAAGUCUGGGAUUAUUGUCUCUACAAAGAAGGAAGAGUUAACAGCAAUAUUGGACCAUUUCAAUAUACAGGUUGACAAUCCAGUCUCAAUCUUAAAUCAGGAAAUGAGUAAACAAUUCCUUCAUUCAAAAAGCGAAGCAGAUAAGUAUAAGUUUUUCAUGAAGGCCACUCUGCUAGAGCAGAUGAAGCGAGACUACAUUCACAUCAAGCAGACCAAAGCUCUGACACGGGAACAAGUGGAAAGGCAGGAGGAGUGUCUACGAGAUCUCAGACAGUUGUUUUUACAAAAGAAAGAAAAGUAUGAAAGUCUAUCAACACUUGAGAAAAUGAGGGAGGCUCUGGAAGAUUUAAAGAAAAAGAUGGCGUGGGCUCUGGUGGGAGAAAAGGAGAGAGAAGUACAACAACUGAAGGAACAAAUUGAUAAAGAACAUUUUGAUGAACGUAAUGAACAAAAGCUACAGCUCUGUCAGAGCAAAGUUGCUGUUGCUGAAAAGAAACUGCAGGAUAUCCAGCAGAAGCUUGGAAAACUGAAAGAGGAGGAUGAAUGUUUAGCAGAGGAAAGUCGAAAACUGAAAGAAGAAGCAAAGCUCAAGAGUAAAAAUCAGAAGAACCAGGAAGUGGUGUACUUUCGUGCUGUGAACAAAUUAAAACAAUUAGAAAAAGAGCAAUGCCUUCUCCGGGAGAGAAUUAAUAACAUAAAUAACAGGAAUCACGAGGCAGAGCAGACACAGCGGAUAAAGAAAAUAUGUGCUCUGAAGAAGCAGCUGGAAAACAUUGAGGCAGAGUCUACAACCCUUAAUCAAGAAAUCAAGGAGAAACAGCAGGCCCUUUUCAAAGGAAGGGAAGAAUAUGACAAGCUAAGCAUGGAAGAAAAAAACAUCCAGGUCUCUCUGGAGUCCAAACUGAAGAGAAAGAACCAACUCACAGCCAGCAAAUCCAACAGAUUGAGACGAUUUGGUGAUCGUAUGCCAGAAUUAUUGGAGUCAAUAGACAAAGCACAUGCUCAAGGACGCUUCAUUAAGAAACCUGUGGGACCAAUAGGUGCAUGCAUCAGACUUAAGGAUCCAAGUUUAGCUGUGGCUGUGGAAAGUUGCUUACGGAGUUUCAUGAAAACGUUUUGCUGUGACAAUUACAAGGAUGAAAAGGUCCUACAGGAGCUGAUGUUUCCGCAUUUUCCUGUUGGCAGCAGACCCCAGAUUGUGGUAUGCGCUUUCACAGACCAUGUUUACAACGUUCAAAACCGAGGUGUACACCACCCAGAGUUUCCAUCGGUUUUGGACACUCUUGUCAUUGACAAUCCUGUGAUCACUAAUUGUUUGAUAGACAUGCGGAGCGUUGAAUGUAUUCUUAUAAUCAAAGAGAAUGCUGUUGCCAGGAGAGUCAUGCAAAUACAGAGGCCCCCUAGAAAUUGUCGCGAGGCCUUCACUGCUGAUGGUGAUCAGGUUUAUACCAAUCGCUAUUACACCCCCGAACAAGAAGUCAUGGUCAAAUACCUCGGUGGGGACCCAGAAGCAGAAAUUCGUCUGGUGCAGUCGGAGGUGGAAAAUCAUCAGGCACAGCUCAACAGGUUUCAAGUUCACUUAAACUCAGUGAGGCAGGACAUUCAGUCCAUGGAGGAGAAGCUGCGCAGUGCCAAAAUAGCAUGCAAAAAAAAUCAGGAAAGUAUGAAUAGAGUUAAAGCAUCAAUAAUUGAGCUUGAGAAUGCUGAGGAGACACAGAGUGAGGACGUCAGUUCACUGGAAGAAGAGGGUCAAGAAAAUGAGCAGAAAAUUGAGCUAGAGACAAAAAAUGUAAAAGAAGCAAAAAGUGAACUGGAAAAGCAUAAUAAGGCAAUCACAGACCUUGAUCGGAAAUACAAAGAUGUGAAAAACAAAAGAGAGCAACUCUCAGAUGAAACGGAGCAAUUGAAGGAGGAGCAAGUGAAAACCGAGGCUGAACGUAAUAAACUCGAACAGACCCUCAAGAUCUUGGAAGGGAAGCUCAAGACACACCAGGACAAUAUAAAAACCAUGAGAGAAAACCUCACUAGCAGAGAAAAGGAAAAAGAGGACAUUGAAGCAAAAGCCAGAGAAAUCUGCCCUUGUCCACAACGCCCAGAUCGGAGUGCCAAGAGCAUCGACACAGAAAUCACACGUCUGCGCCAGAAGAUCAGCUCACAAGAGAGCACCCAUGGCAAUCAGGAGCAAGUGAUCAGGGAGUAUGCCGAGGCUCAUAGUAAUUAUAAAAACAAAUUCAGUCAGCUGAGAGAUCUGAAGAAAUUUAUUGAUCGCCUGGACAACAUCAUGACUGACAGACAGGCUCGAUACAAAACACUGAGAAGAUCCCUCUCAGUGAGAUGCAAGUUAUAUUUCAACAAUUUCCUCAUCAAACUGCACUGCUGUGGAUCCAUGAUGUUUGAUCACAACAAUGAAACUCUUUCCAUCUCAGUGAAGCCACCAGGUCGGGAGAAUGACAAUGUGAAUGACAUGCGCUCUCUGUCUGGCGGCGAGCGCUCCUUCUCCACAGUUUGCUUCAUUCUGUCUCUGUGGGAGAUCACAGAAUCCCCCUUUAGAUGCCUGGAUGAGUUUGAUGUGUACAUGGACAUGCACAACCGUCGGAUCUCACUAGACCUGCUUCUUGAGCUCUCGGAGCGUCAGCAUCUGCGACAGUUCGUCUUCAUCACACCUCUGACCACCAGCCACCUGCCUCAGAGUUCUCAUAUAAAAAUCCAUCAGCUGCAAGAUCCAGAGAGAGGAACAGAGGCAGAGGAUUUGUCAUAGGACGCUGUCAAAAGAAGAGACUGCACUAAGCUUUGUAAAGAAUGAAGGGGGUAUACUUUAUAUCUUUUAGAUGUUUCUGCAUUUAGUUUUAUUUAUUAGUUUUAAUAUGCUUCAGCUGUUUUACAGAAAAGCUAUGUUAAAAGCUGUUUUAAUAAAAGCUGUUUUAUAAAAAUGCUAAAUGUCAGAAAGAAUAAUUUAACCAAUUUCUUGUUCUCAUCUUGUGUGUUUCCAUGUUACCUGAUGUUAUUAAAAAAGAGAGAGAUGGAGAAACGUUACAGGCCACUUUGGUUGAGAGUAGUUUGACCUUUUUGCAGUUGUAAUGUGUUUUUAGAAAUACACAACUUAAGCACACACUGUAUGUUGUGAAAACAGCCCAUAGACAGUUUAUUGAUUGGAAUCACAAUGUUGUCAGCGCAACCAUUACAUAGUGUGUUUAAGACAUGCCACAAAUAAAACACAAACAACAUACUGCACAAUCGAAUUUAAAUUUGAUCAUUCAUUUUUCCUUUUGGGUACAGAUAUUUACAUGGAAAAGAUAUACACCUGUAAUUUUGGGAUUUACAAACAUUAUUAUUAUUAUUAUUAUUAUUAUUAUUAUUAUUAUUUUCUACAAGGAGCUCGGGAGAUAAAACUGCGUAGCAUCCUGAGCCUUAUAGAACAUGCAUUGGCUUGAUGCUUUCUUUUUUGUGGAAAGCAAGAAAACAGCAACACCACAUUUUCCAGUUGUGCAAACAAAGAUGGCAAAAAUAUAUAUAAUAUCAGUGGGAGAAUACAUUCCUAAUUUUAGGUUUCUUAAAUUGAUGUGGUAGGGGAACCCUUAUUGGCGUGAGAUAAGACCAUUCAUUAUUGGUUGUGGCAUGCACCAUAAGGAAUUAUUUGGCCCAGGUUCUUUAUACCCUUGUUUACAGAAAACGCACAUUCUUCUAAGCAAGAUACCUUGUAGUUGUCAUUUAUUUAGUGUAUAUGAUCAACAAUAUGUUUGUUUCAGAUGAUUAAAUUAAUUUAUGGCUCAAAUCAUUUGUAAAACUCAAUUUUCUUUCAUAAGAUGCAUUAUAUUUCUGUGUAAACAGUUCAUUUAAAUGUCAAGAGAGCUGAAAUAUUUUACAAAAAAAAAGUUAAAUAAAAACACACCAUUUAGAGUGAAUUUCUGUACCAUUUGUCGUUGAUUGUUUCUUUAUUAUGGGGAGGACAAGCAUUAAAUACAAUCCUCCACAGAAACUGACUUCUCAAAAUUAAUCACUCGCAUUUGUACACGCACACAUUGAUAUGAUUAAUGUAUAAAUAAAAGGCAUGUAUGUAAUGUGGUUGGGCAGUUGUCAUUUAUAUUCCAGUUUUACAUAUCUGAUUAAGACACGGAGUUGUCAGUUUAAUGGAUACAUCCAAAUUGUACCUAGUACACUGCCAACUUGGUGUGUAUGGUAAAAAAAUUAUAUAUACUGUAGCUGAAAAAAUUGUUAACUCGGUGUACAUCAGUUUAUAGCUACUAGAUUCUUUACACAUAAAAGCUAAAUUGGUCCAAGACAAGAUGCACAAUAUAUCGUUGCCCUUACAGAUAGCUUAUACAAGUACAUACUGUAGAUUUUUGGGAGAAACAUGCAUCCAAGGGAAGAUAUCUAAUGGGCUGAUGAAUCACACGUAAAUCUUGCACAUCAUUAAUAUUGUUAAUGUUAUCAUUUAUAAUGCCUCCUUAUAUUAUUUGUCAAGGUUGCCAAAAGAGAUAAAGAUUAAACUUUACACUUAGUACAUGCAUGCAAAUAACUUACAUUUAUAAUCAGGUACAAGCACAUUAGGGAGGCUAAUUUAACCCCUCUACUCUC